AUGUAUGGCUACAGGGACGUGUCCAUCAGCAGCGAACGAGUCCCAAUUCUGGCUGGGAGCCCUUCCGAGAAAUCCUUCGACCUUCCGGACCUUUCAGAGGGAGGCUUCGAGCGCUGCUUCUGGCUUCUGGAGAAUCGCACCUUCAGGGAUGCGGAGGCGUCGGACUUUCGCGAGGCGCUUGAGACGAGCGUCAAGAAGGUGAAUCAGCAGUACCAGGCGCUGUUAGCGCAGCCUGGGCCGGCAGGCCUCUGCAAGGCUUGGAGGUUCAGCCGACAAGCGCGCGGCAGCUUCCUCAAGUUAGCGGAGCGCGCCAAGCGCACGCCCUUCAACCUGGCCGCUUCCGAGUCGUUGCGGCCAGCAGUGCCCUUUCUGACUGCUUCCGGCGCUGGCGAGAAGCUGCAGCAGUUGGCCGGCGCCACAAAGUUCGAAGGAACGCGGCGGACGUUGUCGAGCUUCGCACGGAAGAGCUACAAGUUCGUGAUGAAGCCGGAGGAGUGCAUCGACUUCAUGUGCGCGCUGGCGCGGAAGCUGCCCAUCGACAUCUUCAAGGGCGACGAGGCCUUCGCGGACAUCCACAGCAUCUACCUGGACUCCGAGGAUUGGCAGCUGUACCACAAGAAGGCCUCCCAAACAGGGGAUGGAGCAACGCUUCUGAGGUUGCGCUGGUAUGGUUCCAGUGAUCCAGAUCACUUCUACGCCGAGACGAAGGUGUCCAAGAACAUCUUCUCUCACCAGCCCAGCUGCAAAACACGCUCCCAUUUCGAACGAAACUCCUUACCGGAGGUGUUGAAAGGCCAGCAUUCUCUGAGAGGUGGAGACAAAGCUCGAUUCAUGGAGAGUUUUCAAGCCAGUGUGAGGCGACAAAACCUCAAGCCAGUGAUGAGAACCGCCUCUCGCCGAAUUUGCUUCCAAGCUCCUGACGACCCAUCGCUGCGUGUUACCAUUGACCUAGACUUCGAAGCUCUGUGCGAGGACAAGACCGCAAAUUGGCAUUUUCAAGAGAAGCCCCUUCCCCUCUCGAUGUUUCACCGUGAAGCUGUGGCUUACACGUUAGCCAUUGUGGAAAUCAAGAUACAGACUGAGGAAGACCCCAACCCGCCAAUACCUGAUUGGUUGCAGCAGCUCGUGAAGGACCACAAUUUGUCAGAACUCGAUAUUUCCAAGUACCUGUAUGCUGUUGCCGCUUUGUGCAAGAAUCAAAUCAAGUUUGUGCCAGAGUGGUUCCACGCGAGCAUCUCGAUUCCCAUAGAUCUGUACUCGGAAAGCGGAGAGCCGGUGGCAGUUCGCAUUGACCCGCGGACGAUCCUCAAGAUCGAGAACCUCACGUUGAAGUGGUUCGCGAUUUCCACGGUGCCCUUUGGAUCAGUGAUUGUUUCCAGCCGCCGGGUCUCGCAGACCCUGCACCUUAUCUCCCUAGCGUUUUCGAUGACAUUUGUUUUGUACGCCACAUAUCUCUACUACCAACGCAUACAGCAGCUGUCCAAAGGAAUCGCCCUGGCCCCAGACAGAAGAGGCAUUGGGUUUGCUGCGGUGUGGAUGAGUGCGUUCGGCGCGGUGUACACCUUCCUGAUAGACUUCGAGGAAUAG